AAUUCCCUCGCUUUUCCCCCGCCAGGAGCAAGUUUUUGAGCAAGUGGAGGACAGGAAUCUUGAAUUAAAUCUAUUCUAGCUGACAAAACCCUAAAAUACUUCUUUCUAAUGGUCCAGCUGCUAGAAAAGGCAAAAUCCUCUCGAUAGAGGGAUGAAGCAGGGGACAGAGUCCUGGUUCUUUCAAGAACACCUAAGUAUUUUUGCAUUAUGUGACUGAUAGGAGCACAGAAUCUAGAAAAGAUUGGGAGUUUGGGUGGCAUUUUUGGGCUGGCCUCCCUCUGGAAUUUGCCUGUUUUGAGACUGAAUUCUGUGCUGGGGUUAGAGAUCUGUGUGUUCCUUGGGUGUGGAACACAGGCUUUUGUGUAUCACCCACUUUCGUCAGAUGAAACAGGAACAGAGUCUUUAAUUUUGAUUUCACUUCAGCUAGAAGGAAAAGACCUGGAUUUAAAGCAGAGGAAGUGACAACAUGAGUACUUAAUUAGCAGCUGUUUUGUAUGUUUUCAUGAAGUCUGAUUCCUGUCAUCAGCAAAAAGCAGCAAGUUUCUAAACUGCAACAGAGCACCUGCCUUGAACAGAGUUCCUGUGGGGUGAGUUGUGUCUUCUGUCACCAGCCUCUGCUGUGUUUCCCAGCAGCUUCAGUGCCAAUAGGCCCAGUAACUUUUAAAGCCCUUUUUGUUAUCUUUGAUCUCAAAAUUAACAUGGGAAAGCCUUUUGCUGAUUGUAAGGAUGAGAGCUGGAGGGCAAGACCUCUUAGCAGUCCCUCCCCAAGCCAGUCCUCGCCUUUCUCUGUCCUGUGAAGGAAUCACUUCUGGGCACAAAAUUAUGUUAGAAACAUUUCUAGAGGGAUCAAAGCCUACAGAAAAGUCAGGGAAGCUUCUUUUCAGUAAGGACCAACAGCACAAAGCUUAGCAGGUACCACUUUCCAUACACUUGGAGAAAACCCUUGAGACCAAACACUGGAAAAAUCAGUGUUUGCAGUUUCAGCUAGAAGAAUUUUAAAGAUGAUGUAGUUGUUACUUGGAAUUCAUUAUUUGAGUGAUAGUUUCAAAAAGAAAGAGUUUCUUGUUUAGUCACUAAUAAUCCAGGAUUUCAGAAUGUCCUGUGUGGUUUUUUCCUUGUUGAUUUGGUUUGGGUUUUUUUUGUUUUGGUUUGGUGUUGGGGGAUUUUUUGUGGAUUUUUUUGUGGUGUUUUGUUUUUGGUGUUUUUUGGUUUUUUGGGGUUUUGUUGGUUUGGUUUUUUUUGUUUGUUUGUUUUUUUUAAAUAGUAAUAGGUCUGCUUUAAUUAGAAAGGCUGUAAUAUAGAUUAAGGCAUUAGGCAAACUGGAAUCCUCCCAUCUCUCAGUUCUCACUGAAAUUAUGAGAGUGCUGGGAGAACCAUUUAGAUAAUCAAAAUUCCGGAAUGUUGCAUUAAGGCAUGUGCAGUCAGUGCAGUAGGAUAAAUGCUCAAAACCCAAACUCAUGAACUUGGAAAACCUAGCAGGUGAUUUUCUUUUUCAAAAUAGUCUAUAACCUAGGUAGCAGAUCCUGGAAAUCUUCACCUGAGUAGAGCUGGUGAGGCUAAUGAUGUGACCAAAGGUUAGAAAGAGAAGGACCAGCAGAAACAAUCUAGACCCAAAAGGUAUCCGUACUUUUUUCUGGCACGCAGACUCAGAUUUAUUCAUCCUUUAUCAGCAGUUAGGAUGACAAACAGCAGGUGUUUUAUGCAGCAUCAAAGCAGGGUUCUAGAUGGAGACAGCCUGGGGAAGAGCUGACAGGAGCUCAAAAGAAAACACUAGGAAGAUCUGACUUGCUUUCUUUGGGGUUACUUUCUUGAAAUAAAGUAAUCAUCACAGUGAUGCCUCAUUCAUCUGCAAGAUAAACCAACCACAUGAAGAGGGGCUGAAAAAAACCGCACAAAAUAUUUCUGUCCAGUGGGAUAAAAUAUUCAUGGAUAAAAAGAAUAAGGGGUUUUGCUUAAGGAAGAAUUCAAGUUUUCAAAUCUCAUAUCUGAGGGUUUUCUACUCAGUAGCCUGAAUUUUGCUAUUGGCUACUGAGUCAAGCAGGUUCUAAAUUCAGAUCCAGGGAAUGUUGUGAUCUCUGAGAAAGUGAGAGCAAACUUCAAGACUGAAGAUGUUAAAAUGCUAUUGCUCUCUACAACUGAUUUUUGUGUGUGUGUGUGUGGUAUACAAUUAGCUUAAAGUAUUAAUGGAAAAAGUAGGUAGUUGCAUCUAACGAUUUUUUUGGAGUAAUCUGAACCAUCUGCCUCUAUAUAUUAAGGAGUUCUUUCUUUAAUCCAGAUUAUGGCUGACAAACUGGUUUUGGCAUUCACGUUUCACUAGCACUGUGCCCUUGAAGAGCUGAUGUGGCUGUAGAAACUCUCUCGCUUGCAACUGUUGUGUUUGAAAACAUUUUUUGUUUGGCUUUCUUGUAGUUGUUUUCUUAUAGCUCCUUUCUUUUUUCUUUUUUCUUUUUUUUUUUUUUUCUUUUUGAGAAGAUGGCCUUUCUAAUGAAAAGUAUGUUGAGCAACCAGGUAAAGAAUUUGGGACUUGGAGGAGGAGGGGAAGAAAGCAAAGAAGAAAGCACUCCUUCUGAUCCAGCAGCAGCUGCAGGAAUGACCAGAGAGGAGUAUGAGGAAUAUCAAAAGCAAAUGGUUGAGGAGAAGAUGGAAAGAGAUGCAGCAUUUGCACAGAAAAAAGCAGAGCGAGCUGUUCUGAGGGUUCACCUGAGAGAAAAGUACAGACUGCCCAAGAGUGAAUUGGAUGAGAAUCAAAUACAGAUGGCUGGAGAUGAUGUGGGAUUGCCAGAAGACCUUCAGAAGAUGGUGGCAGAAGAUCAGGAGGAGGAAGAAGACAAGGACUCUAUCCUGGGCCAGCUGCAGAACAUCCAGAAUAUGGACAUGGAUGCCAUCAAAGAAAAGGCACAGGCUACCUUCACUGAGAUGAAACAGGCAGCUGAGCAGAAAUGUUCCGUGAUGUAGAAGAGCCACCACUGCCCAAAGGCUGUAACUUCAGUCUUGUGUUGCUGGGGAUGCAGAGGGAGAGCACGCAGAGGGAAUCACUUAGCUCUAUAGCAUUCAGUGUAAAUAUAGAAAAGUGAUGAAAGAGAGACUUAAAACCCUGAGGGGAGAGUAAAAUUUUACCUGCUGGGACUGCCUAGAAGGAAGUUAGCAUUGAUCCUCAGUUUUGAACAUAACUUUUUCCCCCAUGGAAAAAAAUGGCUUUAUAAAAGUUAAUAUUGGGAAAAAAAAAAUGUGCCUUUUUCCAUUUUUCCCACAUGAAUGAAAUGCUAUUAAAUGUGUAUGUUUGAACAAAAUUGUACUUCUGAUACAUCACAUAGAGGUAACCGCUCAUUUAAUCCUGCUUUCAGAAAUAAACACAUAUUUCUUAUAAGAACAUGUCUGUUUCAAGCAUCUUGAGGCAAACACAGUGUUCAGAUACUGACAUCUGCUGCAAAACCUUGAUUUUUAAAAUCGUCUCUGUAUUAAGUGUAGCAAAAGGCAAAAAGCAUGUAAUUCAACAGCUUGGGUCAAAACUGUUGUCAUAUGCACUGAGUGGGGACUUGCAGGAAAGUAAGGCUUGGUGGCUCUCAGUGAGCCCUGCUCUGGAGCAAUGCAGGAUUCUCCAGUCUGCUUUCAUUUCCCAGCCUCUCAAAGACACUUCAAACACCAAGGGAAAGCAAUGACUCCCUGCUUGUCUGUUCUGUGUGCCAAAUUCUAGGGCUGGGGGUACCAGCACAAGGCUAAAACCAGCUUCCCACGCUCAUUCUGAGAGUUGUCUCCAUCAAAGGCUAAACAUGGAAGGUAUGCCAGGGUGGGGCACCUAAACCUGAGGAAAGGCACAG